AUGGAUAUGACUGAUUCAAAGUGUUAUCCAGUAAAAUUUCAUCAACGCAAGGGUCUCCCAACUGAAAAAACUCUGCACCCAACUGCGUCAGCUCCUUCAAAGAUUGUAUCAAAGGCAAAGCGAUAUGCCUCAUUUUUUGCAGAUCAUGUCAAACGAGGCGAGAUGCCUUGGACUCAUUGGUAUUGCUGUAAGUCUGUCAACGGGGCCGAGUGUGAAAAAGAGAAUCAUCGUCUGCAUAAGCAGUGUAAGACAUGCAAGCACCGUGUGUGCGAAAAUUGUAUCAAGGGAACUUUAUAG